CAGAGCUUGGGGGGAGGCUUAGGGUACAGGAUGUCAGCUUGGGGGAGGCUUUAGGCACAGGAUGUCAGAAGUGGGAGGCCAGAGCUUGGGGGAGUGACAGGGUACUGGGUGCCAGAGCUGGAGGGCCUCAUCGCACAAAAUGCUAGGGGGGGUGUCAGAGCCCAGAAUGUCAGCGAUGGGAGGGUCAGAGUUGGGGGUCUUUGAGAACAGGCUGGCAGAGCUUGGAGUUGUAGAGCGCAGGUUGUUAGUUUGGGGGAGCCAUAGAGUGUAAGGUGGCACAGCUGGAGAGUCUCAGAGCACAGAAUGUCAAAAGUGGGGGGUCACAUGGGGGGCUCUUUGAGAACAGGAUGCCAGAGCGUGUGGGAGUCUUAGGGUACAGGAUGGCCGAGCUGGGGGGAGCUGGAGGGUCUCAGAGCACAGGCUGUCAGCAGUGGUGGGGGAGGGUCUUUGAGAACUGGAUGUCAGAAUUCCUGUUGUGACUGGAAGGGAUGGAUGUUGUUGGAUGGAGCUAAUCCAUCUCAUGCCUGUAUCCAAACAGGAAUCCCGUCUGGAGCAUCCCUAAAGCAGUCAUGAAGCCGGAACCCAAACCUGGCGAUCUGAUUGAGAUUUUCCGAAUGUGCUACAGUCAUUGGGCCAUUUAUGUGGGUGAUGGUUAUGUUGUCCACCUGGCACCUCCAAGUGAAUAUGCUGGGGCUGGGGCUUCCAGCAUCAUGUCAGCCCUGACGGACAAAGCCAGGGUAAAGAAGGAGCUGCUCCGUUCGGUGGUUGGGAAAGACAAGUAUCAGGUGAAUAACAAGCAUGACAACAAGUACCAACCGCUGCCGGUCAACAAGAUUGUCCAACGGGCUUUGGAGGAGGUGGGGAAGGAGGUACUUUAUAAGCUGACCAGCGAGAACUGUGAGCACUUUGUGAAUGACCUGAGAUACGGAAUCCAUCGCAGUGAUCAGGUCAGAGAUAUCUGCAUUGGAGCUGGGAUAGCUGGCGGUUUGGCUCUUGCUGGCCUCUUUGGUGUGUUGGUUUCAAGAAACAGACGGCAAAACCAAUGAGAUGGCCAUCCGAGUUAUGGAAGCUUAGCUGCGCCACAGGUUAUAUUGUGCAACAUGGCGUUCAGUGCCUUAAUGCUUUUAAUAAAGUAAGAUGGUUUUAUUAAAAAAAUUCACUGGGAAAGGCCCAUGAUAAGUCUGCCGCAAGCUCUCCCUCCUGGGUUAGAUAGAAAAUGGAACUAACAUAAACCUUUCCUGGUUUAGUGGCAGCCCAUUCUCUCCUUUGCCAUCCUUGGAGGAAAAGAAUCACAGCUGGCCCCAGUCUGCCCCUAGUGCGGAGCUGGAAGGGUCCUUAGUGCGCUAUCCUCUAGCCCCAGCCCCUCAUUUAAGAGAGGAGGGGACAGAGAAGUUGUGACUCUCCCAAGGUCAAACAGGGGGAAAGGCGCAGAACUGCAAUUCCAAUUGGGGUCUUCCGGUACCAAAUCCAGCAUUCUUUUCCCAAUGCUCAAUUGCCUCUGUGUGUGCUAGGAGACAGAACAAUGUUCUGAUUCCUUUAUUGCCUUGAGGACCAGAAUUCCCUGCUUCCCACAGUGAUUUCUAAAACAAUCGACCCCUAGAAAGAAACACGUCACCUCCAAAUACGCACUAUAUAAAAGAAUGCAUGCAAACUAAAAAUAAAUGGGAAUAAAUCUGCCUUUAGAGAAUUGACAGGAGGGGCAGGGAGGGAGGGAAGAUAAAGCCAAUAUUGUGCUUUUCUUUCCCAUUAAUGAGAGGAUGGGACAAUACCCUUGUAGGUGGCAGGGGUCUGGAAUUUCUCUCUAGCCACAUCCAUUGGCCAUGGCCAGGUGAGAACUCCCCAUAAGCCUCUAUGGCUAGCUACUGAGAAUGGACGGAGGGAAAGUGCAUCCGGAGGAUUUCUGAGGAGAGGCAUAGCAGUGUCUCUCUCUUCCCCGACCAGAUUUCCUUUAGCUUUCCCAUGGCCUUUGGGCUUGGGUGAAGACAGUAAAGAUCCCUUAUUUUCAUUCCCACAUGAUUGGAAGAGUGUCAGGGAAGGGCUCCAGCAUAGCUAAAGACCAACCUGGCUGAAUGAAAUUCACCCUCAGAGGCUGACUGCUUUAGGUUAAAACAUACCAGGUUCAGGAAUUCUCCCCUUUCCUCCCCCCGAAAUUGUGAAGCUUUGGGUAAUACUUAUUUUGUGAACUUGUUCCCAUCCUUGUCUAAGAUUUGGUCUGGCCAAUCUGCCCUUGCUGAUCUGAGGAAAUGGAGUACAGUCUAGGAAAGUUUGGGUGGUGCCUAGCAGGCAGGUAAGAAGAGGAGCUCUGAGGCAUGGGGUGCUGCUAGGAAAAGCUGCCUUGGAUUCCAGGGGAGUGCAGAAAAAUGGGCCUGGGGCAGACAGAGAGAAAAACCAGCCAACUCUCUGAUGCUAUGUGAAGUGAGAAUCCAUUUGGUUUGAGAGAAGUCACCAAUUCCCAUCCAUAGAACAGUUAUUCUAUUUGAUGGUAGUUUCUGCCUUUCAAAGGGCAGCUAUUGGGGUAUUUGAAAAUUGUGGGAGCCAGAUCUAGAGUUGGGAGAGUAGGCUUUGUCAUGAUUAUAUGGCCUUGGGCAAGUCAUUUCCCCUCCUAUGUCUCAAUUUCCUCCUCUUUCAUUUGAGAAUACAAGUGCCUUCUUCCCAGCAAUAACUUAAGGCUGAUAUGAAAUGUGUGUGAAGAUGCUUUGAAAACUAUAAAAUGCUCUUAAUUUUUCAUAAUAAAACUUUAUCUUACUUCUCAAAA